CAGAGGACUUAAUUAUUUAGCAACUUUCCUGUUCUUUGUAUAUUUCUAUCGGAAAACAUAACAAAGUGAUAGUUCUACAAAUAGUUUUUAAAUAGUAAACAACAUCAUUGUUUGCAAAAACAGCACAUUAGAAAACGUCCAAUAAUAAUAGCUCCCAUGGCUCGGAGAACAUCGCCAGGAAAUCUAUUCCGAUCCACGAAAACAAUCGAUUAGCUUAGUCCCAAAUUCGAUUGUUUUUCCUUUGAAAGUUUGCAAGCAUUAGCAUUAGUGUUAACCAAAGAUCCAUAGCAUUUACCUGUUAGUGGAAACGCUUUUGCCAUAUCCGAGAGACCAGCCAGCCAGUAACGAUGCCAUUCCGGGAUUGGAAAAUUGUCCGGAUUAUUACUGGCAUCGCGAUGCGGAUCUGGGCGGCCAGUGGUGCAGCACUGUUGGCCGCUUUCGUUAUUUACAUCAUCUAUGGGGGAUUCUUCGCUUUUAUGUUGUUGCUUUUUGCCAUCUCUGGCAUCCUGUAUCAUGCCCAGGAUAAUCUUCUGUACCAUCCGGACUUGCCUACAAACUCUAGGAUAUUUGUUCCGGUUCCAUCGAUGCAUGGUUUGCCUUACGAAACCCUGCACCUGAAAACGAGAGACGGAGUCACAUUGCAUUCGUUUUGGAUACGACAUCCGGGGGACAUGGGCCGUUAUGUUCCGACGAUUGUGUAUUUCCACGGAAAUGCUGGAAAUAUGGGCCAUCGGCUGCAGAACGCCAGUGGUUUCUAUCACUCGCUUCAGUGUAACGUCCUAAUGGUGGAAUACCGUGGCUAUGGUCUCUCGGAUGGAGCUCCCAGUGAGCGCAGCUUCUUUGCGGACGCAAGAACAGUGCUGGACCAUUUGCACGGUCGUCACGAUUUGGAUCAUAAUCAGAUAGUAGUAUUUGGUCGAUCGCUUGGAGGAGCAGUUGCUAUUGAUCUGGCAGCUGACGCGGUGUACGGGUCCAAACUGAUGGCAGUUGUAGUGGAAAAUACAUUCACCAGUAUUCCUGACAUGGCUGUGGAAUUAAUUCACCCCUGCGUGCGAUAUUUACCGCUUCUCUGUUAUCGGAAUAAGUAUCUCUCGGUGCACAAGAUUCAGUUCAUUUCGGCACCGAUAUUGUUCGUUUCCGGCCUAGCGGAUACUUUAGUGCCUCCAAAAAUGAUGACCAUGCUGCACACUCGAUGUGGGAGUACGCGAAAAAACAUGCUGCAGGUUGUUGGCGGAUCACACAACGACACGUGGGCCAACAGCGGCUACUACGUGGGAAUAGCACAUUUUUUAACCGAAUGCAGGGAAACCAAAGGACCUUUGCAGACUCCACCUGUAAGUAAGAACGUGUGGCCCCAAAUAGAGGAAGUGUAGAAGCAUUGAGUUCACAAAUUUUGGCUGUGCUAUCCUCGUGAAUUUCCAGUGUGUCAGAAAUUCGAAACGAGCGAAACAAGUGCAAGUGACAAAGGAAAACCUGCCUAGGAAUGUAAAAAUAAAUACGCCUACAAAAAUAUAGUGCAAGCUAAACAAUGAAGCGAAAGAAAUAUCUAAACAAACAAACAAACAAUAACAAUAAGCAGUUAAAAAAUUUUAAGCAUUAGCAUAAUAAUGACAUUAACAUAAUAAAUUAGCACGAAAAAAA